AAUACGCGGUUUGAAUGAAGAAAAUGGGUGGCUUUAACGUGGCGUGGACCGCCUCUCUCACCUUGCUCCUCUUGUCUCGAGCUUUUUGCGAAGAUUUCACGGCCAACUGCCCGAAGGAAUGCAACUGUGUCUGGGCCAGCGGCAACAAGCAGGCCGACUGCUCCCGAGGAAAGUUCACAGAAAUCCCAAAAACACUGAGCACCGACAUCCAGAUAUUGGAUUUAGCCGAAAACGAUUUGUACGAAAUAUCACGACACGCCUUCGAUGACGUGCGACUCAACAAUCUCAAAAAACUUAUAUUGAAAGAUUGCAAACUUCUAAACAUUCACAAAGAUGGUCUCAGCGGUCUUGUGAUAAUGAUUGAAAUAGAUUUAUCCAAAAAUGAUCUCAAAACUAUACACCCUGACACUUUUAAAGAAACAUCCAAAAUCAGAUGGAUCUUUCUAAACGACAAUCGCAUCGAGAAAUUAGACGAUGGCCUAUUUAACAAUUUACCCUUUCUACAGAAGGUAUAUUUACAUAAUAAUCAUAUUAUGCAAAUUGGGGUUAAGACAUUCAUGAAUGUUCCGAAACUAAAUCAUUUGCGAUUAGACGGCAACAAGCUUGAGCAUUUGAAAACAGACACCUUGGGUGCCCUCACGUCAUUAUCAACUUUAGACGUCCACGAUAACCCCUGGCGUUGUGAUUGCUUUCUCCAGCCAUUUAGAAACUGGGUUAUCAGCAAAAGAUUAGCAACAGUCCCUAUAAGCUGCGCGGAACCGGCCAAAGUCCAUGGAAAAGUGUGGAAAGAGCUGGACUCAUCAGACUUCGCAUGCAAGCCCAGCAUAGCAUACCCACCUGCAGGCACAAAGAUGAAAUCAUCAGAUACAAACAUAACACUAUCGUGCCAAGUAAACGGGAACCCUCUUCCAGAAGUGAGUUGGGUACUGAACUCGCAAAUAAUCGACGGCUCAUAUAGAUAUCAAGGUGAACUAAAGUACUAUUUAACUCAGAACAACUUUGACUACAGCAAAUGGGUGAAUCUGACAAUAGUGGACGCAAGCAGCGAUGACAAUGGUGAAUACUUAUGCGUAGCCAAGAACCCGGGUGGUGUUGAAGAGAGAAGCGUGGACGUUGCUAUCGCGCACGUGCCACCAGGCAUCGUCAUCCCCAGCGGUAUCAACAGUAACAUGAUGCCCGUUCUCAUCGGAGUCUCUUGCACUGCCGCAAUACUGUUGAUAAUCCUGGUGAUUCUCUGCUACUGCUGCUGUAGAAGAAGAAGUAAUGAGAAGAAGAAGGCGAAUGCAUCCAAUGGGGAGGCGUUGAUAGAGGGGUCGGUGAUUCCAGAGAUGGAGAAGAGUUUGAUUUCCGCCGUGAACCCGGUGACGAAGCCGCCGCGACGGUACGACGUGCCACCCUCCAUCACCAGUGGGGGCACGGAGAUGUCGGAGCUGAACAAAACGUUGCUGGACAACGACUCUAUUUCUGCGCACAACGACGACGAAAAGCGCUCCUUAGACUUCGAGCACCAGCAGAAGCGAUCUCAAGACGCACUCAACGUGGACUACAUCCGGCAGGACGGUCGCGCUUACCCCCCCGACCUCCUGUCGUUCCCGCCCCGAGCCACGCAGAUAUCGCCCGCGGCUAGUAACGCAUCUACCGUGCCAGACACCACGCGCCUGCCUCCCCAACUCAACCCAAUCAGCCCCCUCCACUCGCCAAUCUACGGAAUGACCACCAAUCAGAACUUAUUCAAGACGCUGCCGUACUCACGCUCUCAGUCGCCGUUCACCGCCCCCAUCAUCCCGCCCGUGGUGACCCCGCGCCAGGGCUACGUCACUAUCCCCCGGAGGCCCCGCGUCCCCAGUUGGGCCAGUACCGCUAGCACGACAAUCAUGCCGAGCCCUGAUGUCCAUGAACCGUUGUACGACAACUUGGGACUUAGAACUACCGCUGAUGGAAGUUCGGUGCUGUCGCUGAAUAAGGCCGGUGUUGAGCAGCAGUUCUCUCCGAUGAAGAACAGACCGUUGCCGGCCACUCCGGCCGCGUACCAGCACCCGCACACGUACUACGCUCCUAUCGAGGAGCAAGAGCCAGCACCUUCGCCAGUCCCCUCACACUACAACGCCCAGCGGAACAGUGUGAGCUCCCAGCUGUCCAACCAGUUCUCCACUCCAGGACCGCAAGAGCCAGUCAACCCGAGGAUAAGUUGGAUCGGAAAAAGCACUUCGACGCCUCAACCAGAGCCGAGGAAGGCGUUGUUUGCGGAUCCCGUGAGUCGAGACGGGCAGUUCCAUCCAGACACCAGCACCUUGAGUCGGAGAGGCAACAAGCCGGAGACAGGGUCUCUGAGGCGGCCGCCGCGGGUGGAGCCUCGAGAGGAGGUCCCCACAGUGCUGUCGUCACCCUCGAAGGAUGACGCACAGAUGAAUGAGAGCGGGGUCUCUAUGAACACGACGGGUACUCUGGGCCGCAGCGGCAAGAUCCCGCCACGACCUCCACCGAAGCCGAAGAAAAAACCCAACCCCGACACCAGCCAGAAGGAACCCCUGUUUGAAGACGAAGGCGAGGACGGUACAGAAGUGUGAACUGAACGUGAAAUAGUGAACUAGUGACUACCGAAGUGCCAAUGAGCUUUUUUAAACAGUGAUGAACGAAGGUCACACGAUCAGUGGUGUAUCUCAUGUUGUAACAAAAGACAGUGCAAUGAACUUUUAUUAUGUUAUAUUUUGCGGUGCUCGACUGUAAAUAAUAAUCGUGCUAGAAUUUUUACCAGUACGUGUACAAUUUUAAUGUUUAAGACAAUUUCUAUGUUAAGUUAGGCGAGUAAUUUUAAUUCGGUUUACGCAACGAGACUACAAAUUCGAUUUAGUUCGAAAUGUACACAAAAUGUUACAUAUUUUAAGUAUUUAUUAUUACCUAUAUGUACUUUUAGAGUAGAUAUUCCUAUUCAUAUUUAUAAAACGCCUAAUAAAAUGUGUAUAUUGUAAAGAAGCUUGCCUGCCGUGUGGCGUCCUACCGAAGUAUAUUUUCGAUGACUGAUUAUUCUAAAAUCGACAUUCACAUUAAUCAGACAUUCCUCUUGAGCCAAUUUCACCAUACUCUGAUUUAUAUUUAAAAAUCACAACAUGCAACAGUGUAUGGCGAAAUCAGGCCUUUGAAAUUAUUUUCAUUCCAUUAAUUUGAGGAUAAGUACUUUAAUAUCACAACUAUUGAAGCUUACCUACUGAAUGAAAUGCUAGCUAGGAGCCAAUAUUUGUUUCAAAUUGGCGCUAUAAUGGCGCAAUAUAGCCCCUUACAUAAAUCUGCAUUUCAUAACAUCCACAAAAAGUUGAUAAGACUGAAGCUAGACGAUUGAAUCGCUUACUAACUAUUGUGUUCUACAAUAGUUAUUUCUAAGCGAAUCUCUUUAAUCGUAACUUAACUACACUCCACCAUGUCAUUUCAUCUACUAAAAUUAUUAACUUCAUUUUAAGUUAAUUUCAUUUUAGAUGUAACCUUACUUGUACUGAAAGUUUUAUAUUUUUUACAAUACUUACUACAUAGACAUUCCUUGCAAUCCGAUUUCCUUCGAAGUGGUUGAGUGCAAUUGUUUUUACUACCAGCCAAGUGAGUACACCCUCAUGAUAGGUAUUCAAUGCAGUUAGAACGUUUCACCAAAUGGCUUUACUCCUGUAAUGGUUUUCUCGGCUUGGUUGAAGCUAGUAAUAUUAGAAAAAAAGAUCCAGUUCAAUAUCAAAAAAUACAUUUUGUAACUAGGUAUGUAAUAAAAUAAUCUUUACCGCCUGUCUUUUCAAAUUCUGUUCAUGAGGACCACCCUUGCUUAUCGAAAUACGAAACCUCUUUGCUCUAAACCCAACAACUCAUUGCAUCGAUUGCGUGACACAUAACAUCGUAUUUCGUCAAUCAAGAGUUACUCCCUCUACCACUGCUACAUGGGUUCGUUAUCUACAGCGUCGUAUUUAUGGCGAACCGCGAUAUCAUUUAUCUACGUCGAUAACGAACCCGUGCACCCGUGCAGCGGUAUCUGGUUAUCUCAGUCCAAAGUGAUAUUUGAUUUGUCGUUGAGAUUCGAGUAAGUACUUAGCUAGUUUCACAUGCAAUACAAAUUCACUGUUUCUCUAGAAUAGCUGGAAAUACAAUACAUAUACCAGUUAUUUUUAUUAUGUUCAAGUAAAAUUUAUUAAUGCGCUUUGUUUGUACUACAGAGACCGCUGCACGGAUUUGUUAUCGACGUCGAUAAACUCGUUUAAUGCGCGUUCCACCAAUCACAGCGCCGUAUUUAUCGUGAUAUACUUUAUCUACGUCGAUAACGAACCCGUGUCGCGGCAGCAGGCAUUUUUAUAAAAAGCAGCGAUUACAGACCUACCUACUCGAAUUAUCUUUAAACUUUUAUAAUAAGACGAAUAGUAAGCCUAUUAGUGAUGUUUUUUAAAUGGUUCCUAAGACAUUAUGAUAAUUUGGUUUUAUCGUAACAUUCAUUAGUUGUUUAAGUUUUUAUAUCACUGGUGCUUAUUUUUUGAUGAUUUUAGCACGCAAUAAUGUAUUUGUGUUCACUUUUUUUUAUAUAGAGGAUGCACAAAUUUAUAUCCAAAAGUAACUUAUACUGUAUCUUUUUAUUUGGAAAGAAAUAUGUAGAUAAUUUUGUAUUCCAUUGAGUUUGUGGUGGAAUGUACUACAACGUACAACAAUAUUUUUACAAUGUUUUACUGUAGACAUCCAGUUUUAUAUACUUUAAGUGCUGUGUACAUACAUUAUUAAACUGAUUAAAGCUAUAUUUCAGUAA